UCUUCCGCUUCCCCCCGACCCCGCGCGCCGCGGACCAGCAGCCAUGUCGUGCUCCCACCUCUCCACCGCCUGGUCCUCCUCGGCGCUCGCCAGCAGCGCCUCCACCACCCGACGGCGCUCCCCCCCGCGCUCGGGUCUCCUGGUGCGGUGUUCCCUCCGUGAGCUCCGCACCCGCAUCGACUCCGUCAGGAACACGCAGAAGAUCACGGAGGCCAUGAAGCUGGUGGCCGCCGCCAAGGUCCGGCGCGCGCAGGAGGCCGUCGUCUCCUCUCGCCCUUUCUCGGAGGCGCUGGUGGAGGUGCUCUACAACAUGAACCAGGAGAUCCAGACGGAGGACAUCGACCUGCCCCUCACCCGCACCCGCCCCGUCAAGAAGGUGGCCCUCGUGGUCCUGACCGGCGAGCGCGGCCUCUGCGGGAGCUUCAACAACAACGUGCUCAAGAAGGCGGAAACCCGCAUCGAUGAGCUCAAGCAGCUGGGCCUCCAGUACACCGUCGUCAGCGUGGGGAAGAAGGGCAACGCCUACUUCCAGCGCCGCCCCUACAUCCCGUUGGAGCGCGAUCUAGAGGUGAGCAGCGUGCCCACCGUCAAGGACUCGCAGGCCAUCUGCGACCUCGUCUACUCGCUCUUCGUCUCCGAGGAGGUGGACAAGGUGGAGCUGCUCUACUCCAAGUUCGUGUCGCUGGUGCGCUCCGACCCCAUCAUCCAGACGCUGCUCCCCAUGUCGCCCAAGGGCGAGAUCUGCGACGUCAACGGCGUCUGCGUGGACGCCACCGAGGACGAGCUCUUCCGCCUCACCACCAAGGAGGGGAAGCUCACCGUGGAGCGCGAGAAGGUGAAGAUCGAGACGCAGCCCUUCUCCCCCGUGGUGCAGUUCGAGCAGGACCCCGUGCAGAUCCUGGACGCGCUGCUCCCGCUCUACCUCAACAGCCAGAUCCUCCGUGCCCUGCAGGAGUCGCUCGCCAGCGAGCUCGCCGCCCGGAUGAGCGCCAUGAGCAGCGCCACCGACAACGCCAUCGAGCUCCGCAAGAACCUCUCCAUCGCCUACAACCGACAGCGCCAGGCCAAGAUCACCGGGGAGAUCCUCGAGAUCGUCGCCGGUGCCGACGCCCUCGCUGGCUGAGCCUGAGUCCCCUUGGUGGUGCGGUGCUCCUGCUAUAUAUAAUUCUUUUUCCUCAUUUUCUCCACUCUGCCUGUAAUUCCUGAUAAUAGCACAAACGCAACGGAGUUCUGUGUUCCUUGCGACACACAAGAAUUUCAAUCCAGAGAUGCCAAAAUGUAUAAUCUUGCCGCAACUGAGACGUCGAAGCUCAGUGUAUUUUU